UUACUCCCAUGAUGCAACAGCAAACAAAGGGGGAGCGGAGGACGGAGCACAAAAAGUUUUAAACGCUUCAUAUUUCCCCCAAAAAAGCAGCCUAAAGCCGAUAUAUCAACACCAGCCGCCUGAACGGAGCGCUGAAGAGUGAAUUCAGCAGCGCUCGUUAAGGAAACACAGCCCGUCAAGGCGAUUUGUGCUGUGAAGUGGGAUGUGGUAGCCGUUAGCACAGCAGGCUAAAUGUUAUUGAAUUAAAGUCCGGUUAAUGUUCGGAUCGCCGCUCUGCGCGGCGGCAUGAGGGCGAUUAGUUGACCUCGUUAGGAGACGAAAGACACGGCACUCGUGGCUAUAUGUGACUAGCUAUGAGCAAGCAUUCUCGUUUGCCUUCCUCUUUCCUGGAACCUUCUGCGUGAGUCAUCCUCUUCCAACGUAUUGGAGGGAAUAUUCAGGAUGAAGAAAAUUAGUCUCAAGACAAUAAGGAAGUCAUUAAACAUAAAAGGGAAAGACGAGAAGGCCGUAGAGUAUGCUGUGUCCCAGCCAGACCUGUCUGCCGGUUUCCCUGCCGAGGAUGCUCUUUACGGAGGCUGCUAUGGCAGGGAGCUCAUGGGCAGGGACUUGGACAGUGAAGAGGUGAAGGGAUCCAAAAGCCGCUCCAAAAGUGAGAGCCUCAUGGGUACGCUGAAAAGGAGGUUGUCUACGAAACAGAAACCAAAGGUCAAAGGGAGUUCGCCGUCCGUUUGCUCCAUAGAUGACGACACGUUCUCCUCGUCGUCUGCGCCCGUCACUUUCGGCGACCUCAAAUCGCAGCAUUCUUCCCGCUCAACGUCUCUUCGAAGCCACCAUUACAGCCCCACGCCGUGGCCCCUCAGACCAACAAACUCGGAGGAAACAUGCAUCAAAAUGGGCGCCAAGGUAAAGGCGCUGAUCCACUCCUCGGGGUCCAGCCCAGUGCUCAAUGGCAUCCGGAAAGACUUCCUGGAACUCCAGAGAGAAGGGCUGUUUGAAGAGUCCAGUGGCCCCUUCAAAGAUUCCACGCCACAGAAUGGUGAUGUGCAUCUCGAGAUGGAUGAUCAUGUGCCUGUAGUCAUUGGUCUCGCAGCUCAGGAUUACAUACAGUACACGAUGCCUUUAGACGAUGGACUUUACCCUGAGGAAGGGUCACGCUCUUUCUGCUUGGAUGGCACUUCACCCAUGGACGUGGUGCCGCAGACGGAAGGAUGUUCCCUUCAGGUGGAUGAGGAACCCAUUGACCAUGAUCUCCUUUCAUCGGAUAUUUUUAUGGAGCCUUCAGUCAAUAGGCUUCUUUUGAACACUGCAAAUGCCUUGCUGCAAGGUUCCAGGCUUGAAACCCCUCUUCCCCCAUUGCUACCUCAGGUUCCUCGGGGCCAGCUCCCCAGGAGCCUUUCUGGAUUGGACGGUACGCACGCUCAAGUGGCAGAAUCGGUCAUUCACCAUCUUAGCUUUGACCCCAGCUCGGCCCCAGGGGUCCGGCGGGUUUACGAUGCCGUCCAGAACAGCGGGCCGAUGGUGGUGACCAGCCUCACAGUGGAGCUCAAGAAAUUGGCCAAGCAGGGAUGGUAUUGGGGCCCCAUCACUCGAUGGGAAGCUGAAGAGAAAUUAGCCAACCUUCCGGACGGUUCCUUCCUGGUUCGAGACAGCUCCGACGACAGGUAUCUCCUCAGCCUGAGCUUUCGCUCGCAGGGCAAAACGCUCCACACGCGGAUAGAACACUCCAACGGCAGCUUCAGCUUCUACGAGCAGCCAGAUGUCGAAGGCCACACGUCCAUUGUGGAUCUUAUCGACAAUUCCAUCCGAGAUUCAGAAAAUGGAGCCUUCUGCUACUCCAGGUCACGCUUACCUGGGUCAGCCACUUACCCUGUCAGACUGACCAAUCCCGUUUCGCGGUUUAUGCAAGUGCGAUCGCUCCAGUACUCGUGCCGUUUUGUCAUUCGCCAGUACACGCGGAUAGACUUGAUCCAGAAAUUGCCUUUACCGAACAAAAUGAAAGAUUACUUACAAGAAAAACACUACUGAACUGAUUGGAAGCCGACCCCUUGUUGCUUCUUGCACUUUUUUGGGAUGACGACACAAUGAAUAAGGUUUUACAGACGUUGCGGGGGGCUCAUUGGGUGCCAUUAACCUACACGUUUUACAUUUUUGUCAGAAGCAGAGGGUGAUAUUUGUUCAGUGUUUGUUUAGUAUAGAUAGUUCCGAAGUUAUUGCUAAGAAUGUGGUUAGAAUGAUCAGAGCGUAUUACUGAAGUAUCUGCAUGCUUGUUAGAACUUAGUAUUUUUUUAACCCAGGUUUUGGUUUCUGGAACAAAGCAUUUCAUGGAACAAAAUGAUUUUUUUAAUGUACCACAUUAGCAAACAUUAGUAACAUGUUAACAAGCAAGACUCCAAGUGUUUAGGGUUUUUUUGAGCGGCGCACAGUGAUAUUUUGCCUUAAUGGUGUCGAUUUCUGAGAGGUUUAGUUGGGUGCGGUAAUUUUGGGCAGAUUGAAUGAAGAAUGGCUUCAAUUGUCUAAUAUAAAUAGCACUGUUCAAUCAAACUUAGCAGUGGUCUCGUAUUGCACUAUAGAAAUCUAGGCUAACACAUCGAAUCUGUCCUGUCAUAUUGAAGAGCUGUUUGCACCUCCAUGGAGUUACACUAAUAAGCUAUAUUAGCUGGUGACAUGUUUCAGAGAUUACUAUCUCCGCCCUUCUAAACUGUUUGUUUUUUUUUGUUUGUUUUAAUUUAUCUUGUUUAGUUAAAUUCUAUAGCACACAUGAAGCCAAGGACAGAGUGGACUAAACUUCUCCUGUCACCGAAUCUGCGUAUGUUUUUUUUCUAUUUUUUGUUUUGUUUUAUAAGAAGACUUUCCAUUUGGAAUUAUUUACGUUGUAAUCGUUCCUAUGCUAUUUUGCUCCUAUGUCUUGAUUCUCUUAGUGUGCAGGAAGUGAAGGAUUGUAUAAACAAAGUUAACGGUACAUUUUAUUUCUAUAAUUGACUUAAGCAUAUAGCAAAUGGUUCUCCAUUUCAAAAUAAUUUCGUAUUAUCUUAUUUUUGUUGGUAUUAAUUAUUAAAAAAUUUGGUCAUCAGUCCUGGAAUAAUAUAUCGGUCUAGAUCGAUUGUUUACUGUGAGAUAUCUUGGUUCUUUGGCACACUUUCUGGUCUUAGCCUGACAUAAUACAACCAGACGUCAUGCACAGCUUUUACAGGAAUGAUUAAUUGCAAUUCUUGCCUGAUCUUGUUGUCUUUAACGGAAGAUAUGUUUCACUGCAUACUCCCCUUUUACUCUGUGGGAAUACCUGUGUUUCAUCAUAACAUUCAACAGACGUUUAUGCUCUAAUUAGUAGCGCUGUUCCGUCCCAGAAACCGUUUGGUUUCAGCAGGCCUGUGACUAAAUGCAAUGCAUUAAUUGUGGCCUUUUGUGUUUAGUUGAUUGCAGAGGCCCAAAUUGCGAUAAAUGAUUCAUAUUCCAUGACAUAUCCAGCCUUACAACGAAGCCAGCAGGCGGUUAGCUUUGAAUAGUAAAAGGACAAAGCUUAAUAGUGAACAGAUAGUGAAAGCACCCACUGCUGUUUUUGUGGGACUGUGAUUGUUUUUGUUUUUUUUUUCUUUCUCUCUAGUCUCGUAUUUACACCAGUCACCAGUGCUUGCCUUUUAAAUGACCAACAUGUGGUGUUUACCCACAAAUGAAAACUAUAGUAAGUCUCUCUUCUUGAAUUGUAUCCCCUCCAGACCACUUAGACUUCGAGUGACGUUCUUGGAUCGGCCCCACUCUGGAUCCUAGAACAGCACCAAAAGUCCAGGUGUGGAAAUGGUAGGCCCGUGCUUGGACAUGCACUGAGUUUACAAUCUAUACCUCGUACCUACACUAGCCAUUUUAUCAGAAACAGCCAUUCAGCUACACUUUGUAGGUUCACAAGUACUGCCUGUAGCCUAUUGCUGCACAUUCUCAGCUUGUCAGCUUUCUUCUGCUAUGGACCACCGUAUGCUCACAAUUGACCAGAUAUAAUUUGGGUGGUGGUCCAUUCUUACCACAGCAGUGACACUGACAUGGUAGUGGUGCUGCUAUGUGUGUAUCAGGCUCGGUAGUGUUGCUGGGGUUUUUACAUGCUGUGUACUGACCACUUUAUCAGAAACCCCACCAUUGUAUCUCCACAUUGCUGGUGAACAGUUAAAGCCUGUAGCCCAUCAUGCACUAUUUGUAUUAUCCUUCCUCUCGCCUUUAAUCAGUGGUCAGUGAUAGUCCACCAUGACGCUACUGUCUGUCCAUGCUGUGCUAAUUUUGAGUUUCUUAAAACAUUCUGCCUUAUAAUUUAAUGAUUGAAUUAUUCUGAUUAUAUCACUCAAUAAUACCUGAUCAGUGGUGGUCAUAUGGUGGUCCCUUUCCAUUGAUUGAUGGGGUCGAGGGGUGCUGAUAAGUGCAGUAACAGAUGGGUUACAGCCUGUAACUAAACCUACAAAAUGUACCUACAGUGGAGUUCAGCUGUCAGAAACUACUACUAAAAAUACUUAUUUUUUCCAUUCUUUUCUAAUUAAAUACAUUUUAUUACAAAUUAUAUUAUCUGUGUAAACGUUUGAGUAAAAAUUGGAAACUUUGAAGUUUUAACACAAAUUUCAGAAUUUCUUAGCAGAUCAAAUCCACAGAGAAUCAUCUGAUAGUGAGCUUCAGUGGAAGAGAUAAGACCAAAAAAGAACUGACCUUUUUGUACGAAGGCCAUAACGGUCAGUGUUAGUGACUGUUAGUCAGUUAGUGACCAACAAAGAGUGCAGAAUCGUGAAUAAUCUUUCUUCAUUAAAUGUAUCACUUCAUUAUGUAAUUUUUUUUGAAAACAGUUUAUGUCUGGGUUUAAAUAAAAAAAAAUCCUAAACUUUCAGUGUGACUUUUUGAUCCCACUGUGUUUCUGAUAAAAUGGCCAGUUGUAGGUGCAAAGGAGGUCUACCUAAUAAACUGGAAACUCUGUGUACGUCCUGCAGUAUUGCAUUGGGAAGACGUGAUUCAGUGGCUUUUUCUGAUUACUUGAAUUGUUGCAUUGAACUUCACUUUAAAGGCUGUGUGGAUGAACUAAGUUUUGAGGUAUGUGAUUUCUUUAAAUGGGAGGAUUAUUUCCUGUGUUUCCGAGGGACUCAUUUGUGCUGCCGUUCGUAUUGUGACUUUGAGGUCGUGUGUUAGUUCUGAAACGUCUGUUGCAAAAUGGCUCACGAGUUUUGUAAUCGAUGGCUGUGGUAAGAAUGACAUGGUUUUGUCUACUUUAGGCCGCAGUUCCUUUUUCAUAUGCAUUUCCUCGCUUGUUCAGAUCAGCGUCAGUGUGUGGUUUGCCUUGAUGAACAUAUGAAGAAAGUAAGGGAUUGUCUUUGAUAUGUGGCGUGCUCACUCGUGUUGUAAGUGAUUUAAGGUCGAUAGCUAUCAGCCCUGAUGUCUCUCUUCAGGGAUGGGAGUAUUUUUGCGAUUUCUUUCGUCAUUGUUGGUACGUUUUAAUUUCCGUGCUUGAAUUUAUGGCCUUUUGUUCUUUUAUUCUGGCCUUCUGGUUUAUUCAUAAACAAGUAGGACAGAGUAUUGGUCUGAAAUGUUGGACGGGCUCUUCACUGGGAGAUCUGUAGGUGCGAGCGUUUUUCAGGUUUGAGUUGAUUUUGCUGUUGUGCUGUUUGUUCCAUUGACGUGUGGCUGCGAUUCGGGGGGAAAAAAUGCCCUUUUCUCUUCCUUUUUCAGAUUUUCAGUAGAACUUUGGUGGAAGUUCUAGAGUAUUUUGGAUCUUGAAAGGGAAAGCUGUGUACUGAUUUAUUGCACAUUUUGAACUAAAUGUUUCUUUUUAUAUCUGCUCUAAAAAUGUAAAUAAAAGA